AUGCCAGUCAACACUCAGUACCUCAGCAUUUCUGUCUUUGCAGAAGAAGCUGUGGACAGGGCCUCGUUUGUGACCAGGUGCAGCUUCCAAUCUUGGGUGCCUUCAACCAAUACAAAGGUUGGGAAAGUCUCCCCAGGUAUCUCAGGGCUUCUCCAGCAGCAGGUAACUCUCAACACUGGGGAGCCACACAGUGAAAGUGAGAUUUCACAGGAAUUUGUUGGUGGAAAAAGUCAUCACAAUUGGGGUGGACAUGAAAAAACUGACAGCAACAGCAGGAAAGUCGUUCAACAUCAGCGUAUCUGCUCUGAAGAAGUCAAUAAUGAGGGUAACAAAAGAGGGAAAGUUUCUACACAUACAUUUAACCUCAAUCAACGUAAGAGUGUACACACUGGAGAAAAGCCCUAUGAGUGCACUGAUUGUGGGAAGUUCUUCAGGCGAUGCUCUACCCUAACUGAACACAAGAGAGUUCACAGUGGUGAAAAGCCCUAUGUGUGUGGUGAUUGUGGGAAGUCAUUCAGUCAAAAGAGUAGCCUCAACAGUCACCGAAGAACUCACACUGGUGAAAAGCCCUAUGCCUGUGGUGAUUGUGGGAAGUCAUUCAGGCAUAAGUAUACCCUCAACAUUCACCAGAGAACUCACACUGGUGAAAAGCCCUAUGUGUGUGGUGAUUGUGGGAAGUCAUUCAAUGAAAAGUGUAGUCUCAACAGUCACCAGAGAGUUCACACUGGUGAAAAGCCAUAUGUGUGUGGUGAUUGUGGGAAGUCAUUCAGUCAUAGGUAUAACCUGAACAUUCACCAGAGAACUCACACUGGUGAAAAGCCCUAUGUGUGUGGUGAUUGUGGGAAGUCAUUCAGCCAAAAGGGUAGCCUCAACAGUCACCAGAGAGUGCACACUCGUGAAAAGGCCUAUGUGUGUGGUGAUUGUGGGAAGUCAUUCAGUCAAAAGUGUAGCCUCAACAGUCACCAGAGAGUGCACACUCGUAAAAAGCCCUAUGUGUGUGGUGAUUGUGGGAAGUCAUUCAGCCAAAAGGGUAGCCUCAAAAGUCACCAGAGAGUGCACACUCGUGAAAAGCCCUAUGCGUGUGGUGAUUGUGGGAAGUCAUUCAGGCAUAAGUAUACCCUCAACAUUCACCAGAGAACUCACACUGGUGAAAAGCCCUAUGUGUGUGCUGAUUGUGGGAAGUCAUUCAGUCAUAAGUAUAACCUGAACACUCACCAGAGAACUCACACUGGUGAAAAGCCCUAUGUGUGUGGUGAUUGUGGGAAGUCAUUCAGGCAAAAGGGUGGCCUCAACAGUCACCAAAGAACUCACACUUGUGAAAAGCCCUAUGUGUGUGGUGAUUGUGGGAAGUCAUUCAGUCAAAAGUGUAGCCUCAACAGUCACCAGAGAGUGCACACUGGUGCAAAGCCAUAUGAGUAGUGAAUGUGGGAAAUCAUUUUGCUCUAGUCACCAUCACCUUAAGAGAAUUCACACUGGAGAAAAGCCAUAUCAGUGUACUGAUUGUGGGAAGUCAUUCAGGAAACGCUAUAACCUUAUCCGACACCGCAGAGAUCACUUUGGAGAG